AUGCUCAAGCACCUCGUGGCAGCGGCGCUCGCAGUCCCGACCGUUUACGUGGCGUUCGUCCUCGUCCACGCGCUUGCGACGACGUCGCCCAUCGACAGCGUUGCGCGCAUGCUCGGUAGCCCAUGGGCGCUGAGCGGCCUCGUCGACUACAGCGCCGGCCUCCUCUUCUCGGUGCCCUACUUGUGGCUCCGAGCGUCGACGCUGCCCGCCAAGAUCGGCUUGGCCCUCGGCGCGAUCGUCCUCGGCAACGCCUUUAGCGUCGCCGUCUUCAUCUGGCUCAUCCUUUCCAGCGACAGCACAUUGCGCGCCGCCGUCUUGCCCGUGCGCACGGCGUUCCCGCCCAUCGACAGCACGUCGGCGUCCCGCCGCACGUUCAUCGGUCUGGCGCUCCUGGCCUUUCUCGGCUACCUCGGGCUCCUUGUCUACUGUGUACAGGCGCAGCCGUUGGCGACCGGCUGGGCGACGAUCCAGGGCGACGCGUGGGCCUACGCGACGUUCGUGAACGUGUGGACAGGACAGUGCUUGGUGCUCACGUACAUCCUCGUGCGCGAAGGCCGCGACGCCAAGCUCUUUGCUGCUGCACUGAGCGUCGGGCUCGUGAUCGUGGGCAAUCUUGCGACGUGCUAUUACCUUUUGCAUCUAUUCGUCCUCCGGUUUCCCGGCUGGCAUGUCCGCGACGUCUUGCUCUGGAACGACAACGACGCCAACGUCGACGAAGACGCGCCGCUUCUGCCCAAAACCUCAUAUGUCUAG